AUGUCUCUCCAAAAACCUCGGUCUCGAAGUUCAGAAUUCGAAAAUGACGAUACCAAAGUUAUCCCCGGCAUGACAAAAGAUAUCGAUGAUCCCGAAUCAAAAAUCGGUAUCACAGCAGAAUCAGCAUAUGUUUUUGAUCACCAAGCAGAACGAGCUCUGUGUCGAAAGUUCGACUUUCGUUUAUUACCAGUUCUGGCAUGCAUGUAUCUUUUCAACUCGCUUGAUAAGGGGAAUUUGGGAAAUGCAAAAACCGAUGGUCUGGAAAAGGAUUUGGGUUUCAAGCAUAAUCAGUAUAACAUUAUCUUGAGUGUGUUUUAUAUACCUUAUGUUUUAUGCGCACUUCCAAUUGCUAUGCUUGGAAAGAAGUAUGGACCCGCAACAGUCUUACCAAUCCUUAUGAUGUUCUUCGGAUCAUUCACUAUUCUCGGAGUCGCAGCACAAAACUUCGGUGGAAUGAUGACUCUUAGAUGGUUUCUUGGAAUGUCUGAAUCUGCAUUCUUCCCCCUGGUAAUUUACUACCUCACCACCUUUUACCGUCGUGGUGAACUAGCUCGCCGUCUCGCCAUUUUCUACGCAGCAAGCAACAUCGCUUCAGCCUUCUCCGGACUCCUAGCAGUCGGCUGUUUCAGAAUAACCAACACUCCGCUCUACCCGUGGCGGUACCUCUUCCUAAUCGAAGGAAGCGCCACCCUCCUCUUCGCCAUCUUCGCCUUCCUGUACCUCCCCUCCUCGGCCUCCACCGCCAAAUUCCUCACCGAACAAGAACGAACCCUCGCCCACCACCGCAUCCAAGUCGACUCCUCCUCCAUCGUAAACGAGGAAUUUAACCUCCACGACUCCCUCGCCAUCUUCAAACAACCCACCACCUACGCCUUCCUCGCUAUAGAAAUCUGUCUCGGCGUCCCCCUCCAAAGCGUAAAUCUCUUCCUCCCCCAAAUCGUCUCUCGUCUAGGCUACUCCACCAUAAAAACAAACCUGUACACUGUCGCCCCCAACGUCUCCGGCGCAGUAAUGCUCCUCAUCCUCGCUUUCUCCUCCGACUACACUCGCAGACGCGGUCCCUUCAUCGCGUUAGGAUUCCUAUUCACAUUCAUCGGAUUCAUCAUCUACGUUUCCAUCGACGUAACUCAUCAACUCCACGUAGCCUAUUUCGCUACCUUUAUGAUGUGCUGGGGAACCGCUGCUCCAAGUGUCUUGUUGAGUACAUGGUAUAAUAAUAAUAUCCCGCAUGAAGGUCGUAGAGUCGUAAUGAGUAGUGUGGGUGUUCCAUUGAGUAAUCUUAUGGGUUUGGUUUCGUCGAAUAUCUUUUUGAAUAAGGAUGCUCCUAAAUACAUACCCGCCCUCGCCACCACAGCCGCCUUCGGCGGCAUGGGUGUUCUUCUCUCUUCCUGUCUAGCUAUCUAUAUGAUCCUAGAUAAUAAGAGAAGAGAUAGGAAAUUAGGACGGAAAUUGGAGGUUGGGGAGAUGUCGACUGAGAUGUUGAGGGAUGGACCGAGUGUGAAGGGGUUUAGGUGGUUUUUGUAG